AUGUACAAACUACUGACGUUCGCGAGCUUCGUGGCAGUGGUGGUUGGCCAGUACGGGCCUCCGGGAGGAUGCGCCGGUGGCUGCGUCGGCGAGUCGGCUUGCGUCAGCGGAGCGUGCCAGUGUUACCAGCCGGCAUUGGUGUACCAGCCGGCUGUCGGUUGCGUCGCCUACCCGCCGAUUCCAAUGGGGCCAGCCCCGGUUGUCGUGCCCAGGUUGAUCCCACAGGCUCUCCCUGGUGCCCCAUGUGAGCCAGGAGUCGAGUGCACCGGAGGAUCGGUGUGCUCCCUCGGAAUUUGUGUCUGCCCGCCAGAGCUCGUUCAGGAAGGAACCGUUUGCGUUGCGCGAACAGUGUAUGGCAUCGUGCCGCCACCAGUCAUCCCGGUCCCAGUUCUGCCACCACCAAUGGCGCUGAUUCCUGUUGGAGCUGCAUGCGCCCCGUCUCGACCGGCCUGUGUCCGUGGGGCCGCUUGUGGACCGGCCGGUAUCUGCCAAUGCGCUCAAGGAUACUUCCCUACACCAGCUGGUGCUUGCCUGGGACGGAGACGCACCCGUGUCUCCGGCUUCGAGUACAAACAC